AUGUGGAUUUACAAGAAAGUUCCCUCUCUUGGCAGACAGAUGAUUGUUGAAUUUCAAGACGCCGGGGUUGAGCUUGGCGCAUUUUCUGUGCAGUUAGGAUUUAGAGGCUGGAGAGCAAUAUGGGUUGCGUUUUCUGAGUUUGUUAAAAGAAGUGAACGUAAGAAAAGACCCAUUUCCGCAGUAAAGUUUACUUUGACCCAUCGAGAUACAAUUUACGUCGAUCUGCUCCAGUUUGAGGAUCGCAUGUCAAAGCAAUAUCGUGAUAAAAUAGUUUUACCGUUGACUUUAACCAAGAAAAAAAAUUCCGAAACUUACCACUGGAGUGCACAGAAACCAACAGAUGCCGCAUUAAGAGGUAUAAAUUCAUCGAUGACGUCAAGUCUUCUACACAUCGAAAGUCGUUUAAGGAACUUUUAUUGCGAUGAGAGCAAAACCACCGAUAUGCUAAACGGUAGUCUUCUAGAACGCUGGAAGUCCCUGAACCAGAGCAUAGACAGAGCCAACAACAAAUAUGACAGUCUAAGUUUCAAUCUCCAGAAAACUGUGAUCACUGGUCCUCCUCUGUUUGGGCGUAAUUCAGGUUAUCAUGAUUCCAGAAAAUUUGAGCAUAUUAUGUUGGAAAUUUUGUUCCCUUUAACUGUGGAAUUUUACCUAAAAUCAAGGGAAAAGGAAAUGAAUACGAUAAUAAGUCGGGAGGCAUCUUACCUAAAUUCUAACAAUUUUGCUUUGAUUAACCAGUCAAUCGACAGAAUAAUUGGAACAAGUAAAAUCUUGAAGGACAAGGUGUUUACACACAUUCAGAACCUAACGCGAAGCUCUGUGAAAAUAAAUUACGCCGAGGAUGCACUGAGGUUUUUAAACGAAACUCGACUUAAAAGAAUUUGUAAUCUAUUAGAUUUUGUUGAAGACCAAGGAUGGGCAGAUGGAAGUGCGCUAGGUUCUCUGGAAAAAGAGAUGAACCGUGCUUUUGCUGGAUACAUGAACAGUCUGUUUCUGCUAAAAGACACUUUGCAUAAAAAUAACAAGACAAGAUUACAAAACUUAGUGAAGACUUCGAAAUGGUACAAUGAAUUUGGGGAGGUCUAUCAGCAACAUUUCGAGUACAGAGGAACAAAUGCCGACAAAAUGAUCACCGUAAUGCUCUUUCGGCUUAUGAUUGUUCUAAUAAUGCCUACUGAUACAAAUGCCGAAAAAAAAGCAAGACAACAGGACAUGGAGGCGUUAAAGAGAUGGAUAGAUAAUGCUUUGUUGAUAAAUACAGCGUUCGGAGGGGUCCUCAAACCUGAUUACACUGGUUUUCAUCUCAAAGGAAUCUACGGAUCUGCCUACGUCCCACAGGCGUUGCAUACAGCUGCACUCGUGCAAUAUCUUUUAGAGGGAACUGUCUUUGAACUGGCUGACACGGCAAAACGCAAUUUAAAAGAAGGUCUUAAAACUCUCAGGAUAAUGGCUGUGGAAUACUCCACCCCAAGCAGCAUAGGCGGACGUUUUCCCGAUUAUUCCAAGGCAGUCCUGAUAAAAAUUCUUCCUGCGUUUGCAUAUAUCAGCGUAUCAAACCCAGGAACUUUAAAAUCGGUGCCAGUGAAAGGGAUAGCCAUAAUGAACGUGACUGAAGAUGCGAAAAUGUUUUUACGUUUGUUUAACACUUCAUACCACCAGGUUACUAAGUACAUGGAAUCAGGAGAGAUCAAACAGGAAAAAGCGUACAUGAACAGCCUAGGGUCUCUGGAGAUAAUGGAGAAAGUAAGAUAUUAA